AAGCAACGGUGUGAAAGGAACAACAUGGACGACCAUGACGAAAAUGUCGACGGCGGUGCCCCGCCGCUCAUCCUUCCGUCCAUCUUGGAGUUUUACAGCCGCCUUCUGGGGUAUGUGGUGGUACUAGGCAUCUUGUACUUGAUGGCGACAAGAUGCGCUGCCGCCGUGGAAGACACCGCGCCCAAGGAGCGACCUGUGCUGCGUCCAGGACUCAUGGUAGACGAGGACGAAGGUGACAACGGCGAUGAGGAAACCGACGAUGAAGACGAAGGACAUGUAGUCGAAGAAAUCGACACGGACGAGAUGAUCAAAGGCGACGGCACGCGCAACCGCAAAGCAAAGAAGGCGCCGGCGCCGGCAGCACAAUCUGGACCGUUUCCCAAGGAACUCAACCCCCUUACAUAUAAACAACCCGAGAACGAGAAGGUGUCUUUCCGAGACCUGCAUAAUGCCAUGUUGAACCGCUACAAGGUGCGUACAAUCUUGGUGGCCAUCCAUCGUCCUUCCCUCGCUCAUUCAUGUCGCCCUCUCUACCCCACACAGGACAAGUACCCAAACCACGGCCCGACCGUCGCUUCGCCGAGCGCCGCCGACGAGUACGACGAGGACAUGAAAGCUCUGCUGCGGGAACACUUGGGCAAAUAAUCGACGGACCUCACCCAUCAUCAUCUGUAUCUCCUGUGUUGCAUGUCCUGCGCUUCGACGAGGUUGACGUCAUGCAUGUGCUUGGUGGAAGAAGGGUAGUUGCGGCGUCAGAACAAUAAUGCGCAAGUAAUCUCUGCAUUAAAAGACAUUCGACGUAUUAUAAUAACGUUAAAUAUCCCCGC